UGAAAAUCGUAGGUUUGGCCCGCGCUACCUGGCCCCAUUGCUUCCCAGUUGCGGUGAGCAUCUGAGUUCGGGAGCUGAGGGUCUGGGCGGGCGGGGGGGCUCUUCUAGGGAGGCGGCCGGACUGGGAUCGGAGCAGCGUUUAGUAGACGCGGUGCAACCGGAGAGAGCCACCAUGGGGACGACAGCCCCAGGGCACAUCCACCUGCUGGAGCUUUGUGAUCAGAAGCUCUUGGAGUUCGUCUGCAAUGUGGACAAUAAGGACAUGGUGUGGCUGGAGGAGAUCAAGGAGGAGGCCAUGCGCAUGUUCACCAGAGAAUUCAGCAAAGAGCCUGAACUGAUGCCCAAAACGCCCUCUCAGAAGAACCGACGGAAGAAGAAGCGGAUUUCUUACGUUCAGGAUGAAAACAGAGACCCCAUCCGGAAAAGGUUGUCCCGCAGAAAGACGCGGAGCAGCCAGCUGAGCUCCCGGCGCCUGCGCAGCAAGGACAAGGUGGAGCAGCUGGCCCUCAUGGCAGGGGAGAAUGGCUCCAUCCCGCAGCGGAUGACCCGUGCUGCGGCUGCGGCUGCGGCUGCAGCUGCGGCAGCCACCAUGGCUGCUGCUUCGCCCACCCCGGAGUCUCCCACAGUGCUGACCAGGAAGGCCACGGACAGUGUCACCCAGGACCAGCUGGUGCCCGUGGUGGAGAUAGGUGCCAGCGAGCGCUGCACUGCUGAGGAGCGCCUCAACCAGCUCAGUUCUUCCCGGGCUGCGUCCCCCACCCUGGCUGCAGCCGCUGCUCCGGCCUCUCAGCUCACCACGAUGCCAGACGGGGAAUCAACACCCAAGAAGUCAGAGGCUGGGAGACUGGAGUCUGUCGCUGUGAGCUCGCUGAUGACUACGCCGCAGGACCCCAGGGGCCAAGGGGUCAAUACAGGCCGGUCUGCCUCCAAGCUUAGGAUUGCACGGACCUCCCCAGGCCCCCCGGACUCACCUGGCUCUCCAGCCUCCCCGUGGCAGCAGCGGGUGCUGGCUCCCAUCCUGCCGGAUAACUCCUCCACAUCCGCGGGCUCCCGUGUGGACCGGCAGUCAGUGCUGCGCAGCCUGCUCACCUCAUCCUUCUCGGAGAACCAGGACACUCUGGCCCAAAAAUACUCCCUGGUUGCAAAACCGGAGAGCACCGUCCGCAGGCCAAGCAGAAGAAUCGCCAAGAAGGCCACCAAAGAGCCGGCCGCCUCUGCCCGCAUCAUCUGUCACAGUUACCUGGAGAGGCUCCUGAAUGUUGAGGUGCCCCAGAAAGUCAGCCCCGAGGAGGACCCCAGCGAGGAGGCUGAGCCUGUGGAGGAGGCCGAACCGGAGGUCCCCAAGAAUGAAGGAAGUACAUCGUCACCCCGCAGUGCCAACAAGAUUGCUGUUAGCACACCCCACUCACAGCCUGUGGCUGGUGGCCAGGAAACGCCCUCUGCAGGGCAGCAAGAGGCCAGGACUGGUCCAGCAGAUGGCCCCAAGGAGCCACCCCAGAGUGUCAGGAGGAAGCGCAGCUACAAGCAGGCUGUGAGUGAGCUGGAAGACGAAGAGCAGCCCCUGGAGGACGAGGAGCUGCAGCCCCCCCGGAGCAAGACCCCUUCCCCGCCCUGUCCAGCCAGCAAGGUGGUGCGGCCUCUGCGGACCUUCCUGCACACCGUGCAGAGGAACCAGAUGCUCAUGACCCCGACCUCGGCCUCCCGCAGCAGUGUCAUGAAGUCCUUCAUUAAGCGCAACACUCCCCUGCGCGUGGACCCCAAGGAGAAGGAGCGGCAGCGCCUGGAGAACCUGCGGCGGAAGGAGGAGGCAGAGCAGCUGCGCAGGCAGAAGGUCGAGGAGGACAAGCGGCGGCGGCUGGAGGAGGCGAAGCUGAAGCGCGAGGAGCGCCUCCGCAAGGUGAUGCAGGCCCGGGAGCGGGUGGAACAGAUGAAGGAGGAGAAGAAGAAGCAGAUCGAGCAGAAGUUCGCCCAGCUGGAUGAGAAGAAUGAGAAGGCCAAGGAGGAGCGACUAGCAGAAGAGAAGGCCAAGAAAAAGGCAGCAGCCAAGAAGAUGGAGGAGAUGGAGGUGCGCAGGAAGCAGGAGGAGGAGGCACGGAGGCUGAAGUGGCUGCAACAGGAGGAGGAAGAGCGGAGACAUCAGGAGCUGCUGCAGAAGAAAAAGGAGGAGGAGGAGCAGGAGCGGCUGCGAAAGGCGGCAGAGGCCAAGAGGCUGGCGGAGCAGCGGGAGCAGGAGCGGCAGCUGGCAGAGCAGCGGGAGCAGGAGCGGCGGAGGGAGCAGGAGCGGCUCCAGGCCGAGAGGGAGCUGCAGGAGAGGGAGAAGGCCCUGCGGCUCCAGAAGGAGAAGCUGCAGAGGGAACUGGAGGAGAAGAAGAAAAAGGAACAGCAGCAGCGCCUCCAGGAAGAGCAGGAGAAGAAAGCCAAGGAGGCUGCAGCGUCCAACAGAGGCCUGAACACAACCGUGGACGUGCAGUCUCCAGCUUGCACCUCGUAUCAGAUGACUCCACAAGGGCACAGGGGUCCCCCCAAGAUCAACCCGGAUAACUACGGGAUGGAUCUGAAUAGUGAUGACUCCACUGACGACGAGGCCCAUCCCCGGAAGCCCAUCCCCGCCUGGGCCAGAGGCACCCAGCUCAGCCAGGCCAUCAUCCACCAGUACUAUCACCCCCCGAAUGUGCUCGAGCUCUUUGGAACCAUCCUCCAGCUGGACCUGGAGGACAUCUUCAAGAAGAGCAAGCCUCGCUACCACAAGCGCACCAGCUCUGCCGUCUGGCACUCGCCGCCCCUGCAGAGCACCAGGGUCCCCGGCAGCCUGACCUACAGCCUGAAGAAGUACUGAGGCAGGCCCGCCAGCCCUCUCGGCAGUCACAGCCUCCUGUCUGUGUCUGUCUAUCCAUCUCUCUGUUGGUCUGGUGUCCUCCUGCAUGCUAGUCCGUCGCCGUGGCUUUGGUCACAUGUAUAUAAACAUACACGUUCUCUGUGUGCUGCGGGUGGGAAGUGGCCCCCGCCUGCUCAGAGGCCGCUCUCUCGGUGGGUGUCUGGGGAAGUGCCGGGCCCGGCCCCACCUGGCCUGCGGGCGGCACUCUGUAAAUACUGAUGGGUUGUUGUAAUUUUAGCUUCUAGUGUUUGAGAGCUAGGUUAAUAAAGUCUAUUCCUUGAAGCCUGCUGUGGGUUUUGUGAAGACCAAGGGCCUUGGCAGGUCCUGGACCCUGGCCCUGUGGCUGCGUCUCUCGGGCCACCGGACGGGCUGGAGGAGCAAGGCACUAUUGCUUGUCCUGGGGUGUGCUUCAAGGCCACCUGGGCCCCACCCACAGAGAUGAUGGUGCCAUCCCUGGGUGACCCCGAGAAACAUUUCUGCUACUCUCGUGAUGGGGCAGGUGAUGAAGAUACUUCCUGUUCUUCUGGGAAGCUUCCUGCUUAUAAAGGGGCUGGGGCUUCAGUGGUCAGGAGAACCGGGCUCUUGACACAGCUCUGCCAUUAGGGCAGGCCCUCAGCCCCUUGCUGCAGAUGGUGACAGGGGUUGACCUGCUUAAGCAGGAUUAGAAAGGGAGGAUUAGAAAGAUGUCUCUCCAAAUUACCGUGGGGCAAAUGCUUGCAAGCAGUUGAGAUGUUUCUCCAAUAAAACCAGGCCGCUGCUAACUAAAUGCUCAGUGCUAAUGGAAGCUGGCCCUGGUCCUGCCGGUGAGCUGCCAGCCCCUUGGUCUCUGCUGCUCCAGCCCCUGGAUGGCGUCAGUGGGCCCAGUCAAGCUACAGCCAGUUUCUGCAUAGCUUUAUUAAAACCCAUCCAACAGGAUCAAAUACCCACUGGAUGCUCUGCUGAGGGCAGAGUUAAGUAGUUGCAACAGAGGCCAUAAGGCCUGCAGAGCUGAAAGUAUUUACUAUGACCCUUGACGGGAAAGUUUUGCUGACUUCUGCUUUAGAACAAAAUACAGGCUAAAUUCAAGAGUGCUUUAAAGAAAUGAGGAUGUGGUGAACAUGUAGGCUGAACUUGAGAUUCCACCCAUGCCAACAAAAACAUCUUACACGUCACUCAAAAAUGGUGCACAAUUCAAAUUUGUCCCAUAUGUCCUCUUCCUGGAAACCUGUGUUGACUCAAUUGUUGAGCAUCUUUGCCUAAAGUCACAAUGUCAAAAUAGUAUUUCUUGUAAGCACAUUUAUAUAGUGUGCCUGAGAAAAAGUCAUUACUUGGCAAAGAGUUCAGUUGUUCUGCAUCUUCACCAACACUUGGAAUUGUCAGUAUUUUAUAUUUUAGCUAUAUUGAUAGAUGUGUAGCGAAAUCUCACCCUGGUUGUAAUUUAUAUUUCCCUAAUGGAAUGAUGGUGAAUAUCUUUUCAUGUGCUUAUUUGCCAUCUGUGUAUAUCCUCUUUGAUGCAGUGUCUGUUCAAAUCUGUCCAUUGUAAUUUUUUCUUUCUUUUUUUUGCCUUUUUUCUUUUUUAUUAUUUUUAUUUUUUAAUUUUUUUUGGUUCAUUUUUAAAUGGGUAGUUUAAAAUGGGUAGUUUUCUUACUGUUGAGCUUAGAGUCUGUGUAUUAUGGAUAUAAGUCUGUUGACAGUGAUGUGCGUUGCAAUGUUUUCUCCUAGUCUGUGUGUGUCUCUUCACUCAGCUGGUUUUCGUAGAGUGACAAUUUUUCUUUGCAGUCCAGUUUAUCAAUUUUUUUGGUAUGAAUUGUGCCUUUUGGUGUCAUGUCUAAGAAAUGUGUCUAGCCUCAAUUCUUGAAGAUUUUCUUCUAAAUGUUUUAUAGUUCAACAUUAAAUUUGGAUUUAUAAUCUAUUUUGAGUUCAUUUUUUUAAGUGUGGGGCUUACAUUUUUUGUUUGGUGUUUGAGGCAUGUGGAUGGAUGUCUGGUUGUUCCAGGAUCAUUUGUUGAAAAGAUUAUUCUUUUUCCACUGAAUUUUUCUUGUAUCUUUGUCAAGAAUCAAUUAGCCAUUUUAGUAUGGAUUUAUUUCCGGUCUUCGAAUUCUUUUCCAUUGAUCUGUGAGUCCUUUUACCAAUACCACAUGGUCAAAGUAUUUUGUGUGAGUCUUAAAAAUCUGGUAGUGUGAUUCCUACCAUUUUAUUCUUUCAGAUUAUUUUGGCUUUUCUAUCAAUUUUGUCUUCCUAUGUAAAUUUUAGAAUGAGCUUAUCUAUACAAAAGCCCUGCUGGGACUUUCACUGGAAUUGCAUUAAAUCUAUAGAUAAUUUUGGGGAAAAUUCAUGUAAUUGCAAUGGUGAAUCUUCUAAACCAUGAACAUGGUGUGACUCCAUUUAUUUCAGUGUUUGGUUUCUUUCCUCAGCAUUGCAUAGUGUCAGUACACAGACCCUGUACCAGUUGGGUUUAGAGCUAAGUGUUUUCUGGGUGCUGUUGCACAAAUGGACAUACAGUUGGUUUUUGUGUGCUAGCCUUGCGUCUUGUGAUGCAAUGAAAGCCGUACUUAGAGGGAAAGUUACAGCACCGGGUGAUACGUUAAGAAAAGCAGUUUCAAAUCAGUGUCCCAAUUUUCACUUAAAAAGAGCAAAUAAAAGUAUCAGCAGAAGAAGGGAAAUAACAAAAGUAGACAGAAAUCAAUGACAUUGGAAAGGAAAAAGCAACAGAAAAAAUUAAGCCAAAAGUUGGUUCUUCGAGAAGCUCAAAAACAAUUCGUACACCUCUAUCUAGACUGAUCAGGAGAAAAAGAGAAGGAAAUGACCAGUGCCAAGAACGACAGAAGUAAUACCACUACAGGUUCUAUAAAUAUGAACAACUUAUGGCAAUAAAUUUGGAAAUUUGGAUAAAAUGAGCACAGAUUUUUGGGGAGAUACAAAAUCUCUUAGUUCACUCAAGAAGAAACAGACAACCUAAAUAGCCCUAUUCAUGAAAGAAAUUGAAUUAGUAGUUUAAAAUUGCACAAAGAAUACUCUGGGCCUACAUCACUUUAGUGGUAAAUGUUACCAUCUGUCCAAGGAAGAAAUAAUGCCAGUCCUCCACUACCUCUCCCAGGAGAUUGAAGAGGAACGAGUAUUUUCCCACUCCAUCUGUGUGUGAGGCUGACAUUGUGAUCUCCGGGCCAGACAAAGGUAUUGUAAGAAAGGAAAGCUAGACGACUAUUCCUCGUGAACAGAGGCAUACAAUUUCUAAAUAAAUUAUUAACAAAUCAAAUCCAACAUAUGGUCCCAUAUGAAAAGGGAUAAUGCACCCUAACCAAGUAGGGUUUAUCAAAAAAAUGUCAGUUUAGUGCUUGAAAGUGUAUGAAGACAACUCACCAUAUUGAUACAGGAGGAAAACCAUGUGGUUAAUGGAUGCUGAAGGUUGCAUUUGACAAUUCAUCACUGUUUGUGAUAAGGGCUCUAAGCAAGUUAGAGUUUAAAGGGAAUUUCCUUGGUUUGAUAAAGCACAGUUACGAAAAGGAGAUCUCCAGCAAACAUCACAGUGAGUGAAUGUGCUUGUCCUAACAGGUCCCACGCAAGGAUGUCCACUGUCAUUGCUUCCGAACAGUUUACAGGGGGUUCUAGCUGGUGCAGU